AAACAUCUAAUUAGAACUUUAUAGUUUCCAUCUCCUCACCCCUUAUUCCUUUUUUUUUUAUAUUUAUUUAUUUAUUAUUUCUCAUCUGAUAUAUAUAUAUAUUACUUACAAUAUGUCUUGUGGUUAUGACUGGGUAGAAAUAGUUGAUCCAAAUUCAAAUCAUACUUUUUUCGCUAAUCCUACAACUGGUGAAUGUCUUUGGGAGAAACCACUAACUGGAUCCAUGAAAAUGACCGAUCCUGAAGGAGAUUGGUGGGAACUAUGGGAUGAGAAGACCAACUUACCAUACUAUUAUCAUACACAAACAUGUGUCACUGAAUGGACAAAGCCUGUUGAUAAACAUGUUGUACCUCUAAUUAAAAUACAAUCUUCUUCGGUGUUCAGCAAACGUAUGUCGGUCAUGAAACGGGAUUCAAACGACAUUGAUACUACUACUACUCCGGUGGAAUUGAAACGAAAUAGUAGAUCUCUAGAUUUACCAGCUACUUCUUCAUUGCGACGAACACUUCAUCAAAGAUCAAAUUCUGAUGGAAAGAACGAUUCUUCUAUCAGUACGUCACCUACAAGUUGUUCAGAUUAUUCCCUUGUCGACCAACAAAAUGGUUCAUCUCUUCUUUCUGCCGUUUUACCACACUCAACAUCUGCUGUCUUUAGAAAAAUCAGUACACCUGUUAGAAAACAAAGUUUACGGUCUCAGAAAUCAGAAAGAAAUAUUCUUGAAACAACAACAUCUACUACUACUACUACUAAUACCGGUGAAUCUCGUCCUCGAAGAUUAUCUCAUUUUUCGGCCUUCUCAAGCUUUAGUUCUAAACCAUUAAGAAACUUCGUCAGUGGUCGUCCUACAUCUGUUCAAACCACUCCUAUAUCUGUCAGUCAACCUAUCAACAAUCCAGAUGCUGCCACUGCUAUGAAUCCUAUCAAGAAUCAAUCAAACUUGGAAUUGGUUUCACCUUGUUUGAAAACUGGUAAUCCGCUGGCUCGGAUGACAGAACAACAACAACAACAACCUUCUCUUCCUGAUGGAUUGAGUCAUGAUAUCAAACAAUUUGCCAUUGAUGGAUUCGCUAAAAAGUAUUUUUCCACUCACAAAAAGGGGUUAUUCCGACGAAGAGUGCCUAUGAAUGAAAUGUUACAAUGGACAAAGGAUUCAAUCAAGAAACCACUGAUUAUGAUGAAUAAUGAUUUAUAUAAGGAUGUCUUGAAAUGCUUCAAAAUGAUUCAAAUGAUUAUGGGGGAUCGCUCACGACCACGGAACACAAAUGAUAUUGAUGAUUAUCAAAACAUUCUCAACUUUGGUAUCAUCAAGGGACAAAUGCGUGAUGAAAUAUAUGUACAAGUAUGCAAGCAACUUCAUAAUAAUCCUAAUGGAUCAAGCAUCAAAAAAGGUUGGGAAAUUUUAUGUGUUAUCAGUAUUGCCUUUCCACCUUCCAAGAAUCUCGAAGCCUAUCUCACUAACUUCGUUCAAGAAAAUCACAAUGUUAUCGAAAAUGAUGUCAAUAUAAUGAGUGCUCAUGUCUCCAACAAGUUGAAACGAAUUUGCCAACGAGGGGCUAAAGGAAAAGUCUUGACUGCCGCAGAAAUCAAUCGUGCUAGGGAAGCACCUUUCAAACCUUCAGUUUUUGGUGAAACAUUACCUUUCAUCAUGGAUCUUCAAGCAAAUCAAGAUACAAAUCUGAAAAUUCCAAGGAUUGUACCCUUCCUAGCUGAUACUGUACACCAAUUGAAUGGUCAACAAUCGGAAGGCAUCUUCCGUGUACCUGGUGAUGCUGACAAUGUGACUGAUUUGCGUGUACGAAUAGAAAAUGGAAAUUAUGAUGCAAGUGAAAUCACUGAUCCUAAUGUCCCGGCGUCCUUACUAAAAUAUUGGCUUCGUGACCUUGCUGAUCCUUUGAUACCUGCUGAAUUGUAUGACACCUGUUUGGCUCAUUCCGAAGACCCAGUGCAAGCAAUUAAUAUUAUCAACCAGCUUCCUGAAACUAAUCGUCGUAUCGCCUUGUAUAUGAUUAGUUUCCUUCAAGAAUUCAGUCAUCCUGACGUUAUAAAGGUGACUCUGAUGAAUAUCAACAAUCUCGCCAUGGUCUUCGCUCCAAACUUUUUACGAUGUCCUGGUGAAAGUCUUACGACAGUAUUUGAAAACUCAAAAUAUGAACAAAUAUUCCUCCGUACCUUGAUACAACGAUUACAAGUUUCCAAGCAUAGUUGUGUUUAUGAUGAUGGACAAGUCUUUGGAUCAGUACGUGUAGAUUAAUAGUGAUAGUUUUUAAUCUUUCGUCUUUUUAGUUUAUUUGCCCUCUUUUUUUUUAAUUAUAUCUUUAUUUAUUUUUUAUUUUAUUUUUGGCCUAAAUCCCAUCCUCCCCCCCUUCAUCCUCUCCUUCCCUUCUGAUUAUUACCGUUCCAUAUUCCAAAAGACAUCAUCUUCUGUCAUUGGCAAUAUGUAUCUGUGUCUUUUUUUUUUUUUUCCUCUUUAGUUUCUUGUUAUGUCUGUACCUCAGCUGGCAUUAUUCCUGAAAAUAAAAUUAAAAAUCCGUUGAUCGUUCUCGUACGUUAAGUGUAUUCCUU